GGCACAUCGGGUAGGACUCCGGGCAGCGGCACAUCGGGCAGGACUCCGGGCAGCGGCACAUCGGGCAGGACUCCGGGCAGCGGCACAUCGGGCAGGACUCUGGGCAGGACUCCGGGCAGAGGCACAUCGAGCUGGACUCCGGGCAUAGGCACAUCGAGCUGGACACCGGAUCACCAGGCGGGAGCAGCAGGCACCGGGCCACCAGGCGGAGCAGCAGGCACCGGGCCCCCAGGCGGAGCAGCAGGCACCGGGCCCCCAGGCGGAGCAGCAGGCACCGGGCCCCCAGGCGGAGCAACAGGCAUCGGGCCCCCAGGCAGAGCCGCGGGCGCCGGGCCCCCAGGCGGGGCGACA